UUGACACUUCUACAGGAAUAAGAUGGGUUCUCCAGACCCACAGCCCCGUUUUGGACAGUCCGUUAAAGGUUUAUUGUCUGAGAAAGUGGGUUCUUGCAGUGGGGACGUGAUAGCCCUCACUCGCCAAGUUCUAAAGGGGUCCCGCAGCCAAGAGCUUCUUGGUCAGGCAGCACGGAACAUGGUACUGCAAGAAGAUGCAAUACUGCAUUCUGAGGAUAGUCUAAGGAAAAUGUCUAUUUUAACCACCCACUUGCAAUAUCAGCAGGAAGCUAUACAUAAAAAUGUGGAACACUCCAGAAAUCUUCAGAGCCAACUUCAACACUUGCUGAAAUAAAUACAAAGUUGGGAUUGGAAUCCCAUCCCAGGUGGAUUGUCUUUUACCUGCACUUCUUAAGUAGAUAUAUCCAGUUGUAUAACUGGAUUCUACAUAAAAAACAUAAUUUAACAUAAAUGUUAUGCAAUAUAAAUGUAUCUUGUUGGUGGCUACUCUGAAACACUUGAGUUUCCGGAUCUUGACAUUGUUGAGGAAAUGUUUUUUAUUGUGAUAUUGUUGUUUUAAUGUUGUAUUGUUUUAAUGUGUUUUAUUGUUUCUUUUUUUUAAUGUAGACAUAUUUUCUGUAAAGCUUCAUCAAUGUUUGAAAUCACAUGGGUUCCACAUUUUGGCAAGAUGACUUUGGAGUAAUUAAGGUAAUUUGGGGUAAAAACACCAUCUUUCUAGCCUUGUAUAUAAAUGUACUGUACUGUACCCUAACUGGUCCGACACUCCUACCCAGUAAAAAAGACCAAACAACAAAAAAAGUGGGAGGUUCAGUGAUACUUUAUUGCAUGAAUCUGAAAUGUUUGUUUAUGAAUUACUGUAUCUACUUUGCUACCAUUUGUGAAAUGGAGUUUCACUGCCUGAGAAAUAGAAGGGUUUAGAUUGUGGUUCUACGUUGUCAUGGUUUUGUCUCUACAAACACAAGCAGACUUGCCUUCUUUUGCCUUGCCUAUCUAUCUUUUAACUUUAUGCUGCAAUCUUCCAAUUAUCUGUUACCUUUGUGUUUCAUUCAUGAAAUUUUGCAGUGCACCCAAUGUACAAGCUUUGUUUUCGAGUGUGAAAUAAAGUUGCGUAAUUUAA